GUCUCUCAGGACUGGCCCGCCCCUUGUGCAGCUUCCGCGGCCUAGGUCUGAAGAAAAACCCUACACUCAGGGUCGCUUAGCGCCCUAGAGCGUGGUGCUGGCCUACGACCUCUGCCCUCUGCCCGGGGGGCCAGCUCCGCCCCUUCCCGAGUGUUUCCCACAGCCCAACAUGGCGGCCGAGGUGGAUUUUGGCGAUUUGGAGCUGUUCGAGGCGUUCGACCACCCGGAGGAGUCGCUUCCAAAACCCGUUCACACCCGCUUCAAGGACGACGUCGGCGACGAGGUGAACGAGAACGGGGCCGGCGACGCGGAGCUGCGGGAGCGCCUCCUGCAGUGCGAGGAAACCAUCGAGCGGCUCCGCGCCGAGAAUCAGGAACUUAGAAGAAAAUUGAACAUUCUGACUCGACCAAGUGGAAUAUUGGUGAACAACACUAAGUUAGACGGACCUUUAUUACAGAUUCUGUUCAUGAACAAUGCCAUUUCAAAGCAAUAUCAUCAAGAAAUAGAGGAAUUUGUAUCAAAUUUAGUAAAAAGAUUUGAGGAACAGCAGAAAAAUGAUGUGGAAAAGACUUCCUUUAAUCUUUUGCCCCAGCCGUCCAGUGUCGCGCUGGAAGAGGACCGGCGCAAAGUAGAGGAGCCCGGGGCCGUUCAGAACGACAAGGAAGCCUUCAGUGUUGUAGGAAGUGUCCUGUAUUUUACUAAUUUUUGCCUUGAUAAAUUGGGGCAACCGCUACUAAAUGAAAACCCUCAGCUUACCGAAGGAUGGGAAAUCCCCAAGUACCAGCAAGUCUUCAGCCACAUUGUUUCUCUAGAAGGGCAAGACAUACAAGUAAAGGCAAAAAGGCCAAAGCCUCACUGUUUCAAUUGUGGGUCUGAAGAACAUCAAAUGAAAGAUUGCCCGAUGCCCCGGAACGCCGCCCGCAUCAGCGAGAAGAGGAAGGAGUACCUGGACGCCUGCGGGGAGGCCAGCGGCCAGGGCUCCCAGCAGCGCUACCACGCGGACGAGGUGGAGGAGCGCUUCGGGCGGUUCAAGCCCGGCGUCAUCAGUGAGGAACUUCAGGACGCCCUGGGCGUGACGGACAAGAGCCUUCCGCCUUUUAUAUACCGGAUGCGCCAGCUGGGAUACCCCCCAGGAUGGCUCAAAGAGGCCGAGCUGGAGAACUCGGGGCUGGCGCUCUACGACGGAAAAGAUGGCGCUGGCGGGGAGACAGAGACCGGGGAGAUUCAGCAGAAUCAAAACGUCACUUACGACCUCUCGAAAUUGGUAAACUAUCCAGGGUUUAAUAUCUCUACUCCCAGAGGCAUUCCAGACGAGUGGAGGAUGUUCGGCUCCAUACCGAUGCAGGCCUGGCAGCAGAAGGACGCCUUUGCCAGCUACCUGACCUCUAACUUCCAGGCGCCGAGUGCGCGGGGCGGCUCCAAGCGGCCUCUGUCUCAGCCCAGCAGCCCCAAGAGGCCGAAGAAGGGAAGCAGCUCGGCCUCCCCCGCCGACAUGGAGCUCGACUCGGAUGCAGAGUUCCCGCACGCUUCUCCGCGCAGGGAGGCGCCCCAGUUUCAGCCCCCGCUGCCCCCCGGCACGCCUCCCCCGCCGCCCCGGGCCACCCCUCCCCACACCUUCACGCCCCCGCUGCCCAAGGGCACCCCGCCGCCGACGCCCGGCGACUCGCCGAAGACCAGGGCCGCGCCGGCGCCCAUGGAUGAGGACACGCUGACGCUGGAGGAGCUGGAGGAGCAGCAGCGGCGGAUCUGGGCGGCCCUGGAGCAGGCCGAGAGCACGCACAGCGACUCCGACGUUCCGGCGGACACGCCCCUGACUGGGAACUCGGUCGCCUCUUCCCCGGGUCCUAACGAGCCGGACCCCCCCGCCCCAGAGGGCAGGCCCUCGGACAGGCAGGCGCCAGCGGAGCCCGAGGGGCCGGACGCUCGCACGGAGACGUCGGAGGUGGACCGUCCCUCCAGUCCCGAGUCCGAGGGGGCACCGCCUGGUCAGGAGGACAAGGACGAGCCCCCUGAGGUGGACUCCCGAGGCGCCCUUGACCAUGGCGGUGCCGUGUCAAACUGUGACCUGAGCAACGGCGGCGGCCAGCAGCUGCUGCCCGUGGACACCAGCCCUUCCGCGGCCACGAAGGUCCACAGUCCCGUCCCCGACAUGAGCAAGUUCGCCACGGGGAUCACGCCGUUCGAGUUCGAGAACAUGGCCGAGUCUACCGGGAUGUACCUCAGGAUAAGAAGCCUGCUGAAGAACUCGCCCCGCAACCAGCAGAAGAACAAGAAGACCUCCGAGUGACCAGCUGCUCGACGGAGCGGCGGGAUGCUGGCCAUC